AACUUUUUCAACCAAACUAUCACAUGUAACUUUUUCAACCAAACUAUAACCGAUUUGUCAGUUUAGUUCAUAUAUUUUCAGUGGUUGAAAGGCCUUUUCCGAAUCAUGGCAAAAAUUUUAUCGAUGUAUGUAUAAUAAUAUACAUGUAUAUAAGAAAAUUGGUUGUUUGGUUUUGUGAUACCUAUUGUAGUAUUGAAAUAAUUGAUAUUACCUUUUGGGUGAGAUGUCACAUUUACUCUUUGUUUUAAUAUAAAAAAGAAGAACACAUAAAAAAGUAGGGACAUACUUGGAAGAAAAAAAAUAGUGAUAGUUUGUGUCAUAUCAACCAAACAAUAUAUGAAUUGUUUGUAAAAAAAAUGAUAUAUUGUAGACAAUGUGUGCAUUGUAACUAUUUGAACCAAACUAUAUGCAACAUAUAGUUGGUUGUAGCUCAAUUGGUAGAGUACUCGGAUAUAUGAGCAACAUAUGUUGGUUGAAAUGUCAUUAAAUUAAUAAAAAUAUUUAAUGUCAAGAUUAAUGUCAAGGGGUUGUAGCUCAAUUGAUAGAGUACUCGGAUAGCUCAUGAGAGGUACGGGGUUUGAUUCCUCGCAGCUCCACUUGUUUUUUGUUCACCAUAGGUAAUGGGGUUUGAUUCCUCGCAACACUACUAGUUUUUCUUCUCACUCUAGGCUGCUGCUCCUUACUUUUCGAAGUUCCGCGAUGCUUCUCUUCCAACCAAUACGCGAGAGGUACGGGGUUCAAUUCCUCGCAACUCCACUUGUCUUCUGUUUUCACUCCAGGGUGCCACUCUGAUUUGGGUCUGAUUGUACAUGUUUUAUCCUCCUUUUACCUUGGAUGUUUGAGGCAUUUAUGCUCCGUGAGGUUGGUUUUACGCUAGGUUGUGUCUUAUUUUAGUACGUUUCAGAUUCUAGCAGGUGAAAUCGACCCCAGAGUCGAAAGUUGGACGAAAAGGAGCAAAAACGGGUCAAAGGAUGGAUGCAGCUGACUGAGGAUCACGACAGGAGAAGAGAGUUCACGGUCAGACAGACCGUGAAAAGGGAGCUCACGGUCUCUCUAGAGUCCAACCAGUUCACAGUCACUCAACCGUGAACUGAGCUCUUUGACCGUGAACCGCCAAGCGUCCAGAGCAGCUCUCACGUCUCACUGGAAUCAAGCCAUUUCACGGUCUCUAAGACCGUGAACUCAAGCCAUAAACCGUGAAGAGACUUAAUGAAGCGGUGCGUUUUUGUUUGAGACCACGGUCCCCGCCAUAUGUUCACGACCGUGAACUGGGACUAUGAAUCGAGCUCGACCUGGGUAUAAAAGGAGGGCUGAGCUGAAGGAGAAAGAGGGGGGGGGGGAUAGAGUGAGAAAGUCUUCUUCUUCAACAUUCUAGAGAGAGAAACUGACGAGCAAUAAGGGAGAAGAGGCUAGGGUUUCACUCCAAGGCAAGGAUUUGGGAAAAUCUUCCCCAAAGGGAGAUCUCUACUGCCCAAGGAAGGAUUCAAGCAUCUCCAUUAUGGUUUUUCUUCUUUCUCCUUGUGUUUUCUCUCUCCUAGCAUGGAGUACUGGCCCUUUUCACUUGGAUGUUUGUGAACCCUAACUUCUACCAUGUGAAUGAUUGUAUGGAAUGAUUGAUUAUGUGUUGGUGUGUUUUAAUAUGAGUUUGGAGGUAUUUUCAUGGAAGAUUGUGUUGUGUGUUUGCCUAUUCUAUUUGCCAUUCUAACCUAGGUAGAGAGAAAACCCCCUUUUUGAUAAGAUGCUUGUAAAGUUGGAUUUUCUUAGACAAUUCAUGUCUCCUAUCUAGGUUAAAGUAGGGCAACUCUCCUUAUUCAUGUUAGCACCUAGGUUGGUUGUGUUUUGGCCGUCCGAACUCCGAUUCGAGGGAGAAGGUUUGACAACCCUUAGUCGAUUAGGCCAAGAGAGCUACCUUGGUAGCUUAAUCCGAAUUCCUUCGCCUAGAGACCGAGAGAGUGAUAUUACAUCACUUGCUGCACUUCCCUACAGUUCGCAACCACCUCCACCACACGUUUUCAUUCGAUCCGACGAGUCAUGGUAGCUAGUUAGGGGGAGAUACACUUGAGUGAAUCCUUCUCAUUUAGUGUCAAAACCAAUUGCUUUUACAAUCGUUUAAAUUAUAGAUCGUAGUUUUCAACCAACACCCAAUCGCUAGAUAAUGUUUCAAAGAAUCAAAGUAGGGGUAUAUGGACCGAUCCGGGUUAACAUACUUGUCCUAUAUUGCACCCAAUUAAGAUUUAUACUUGGUCCUUAACUGGGAUUUUUAUUGUGAUAUUCGGGACGACUCCUCACUUCUCAAAGCUCUGCAACGCUUUUCUUCCAACCGACAGUCUCCUUUCUCUCCUACUUGCCAUCGGCGCCGGGUUAGUCGCCUCUUCAAACGCCACUAAAAUUAAUAAAACUUUUUAUGUAAAGAUUGACAUCAAGGGGUUGUAGCUCAAUAGGUAGAGUGCUCACAUCGCUUUGCGAGUAGUAUGGUGUUUGAUUCCUUGCAACUCCAUUUGUUUUUUUGUUCUCACUCCAGGCUGCCGCUCUUCACUUCUUGAAGCUCUGCGAUGCUUCUCUUCCAACCAAUUGGCGAGAGGUACAGGGUUCAAUUCCCUGCAACUCUACUUGUUUUUUGUUCUCACUCCAGGCUGCCGCUCCUCACUUCUUGAAACUCCGCGACGCUUCUCUUCCAACCAACGCUCUCCUUUCUCUCCUACUUGCCAUCGGCGCCGGGUUAGUCGCCUCUUCAAACGCCAUUUAAUUUAAUAAAAAAUUUUAAUGUGAAAUUGACAUUGAUGAGAUGUAGCUCAAUAGGUAUGGGGUUCUAUUCCUUGUAGCUCCACUUUUUUUUGUUCUCAAUCUAGGUUGCCGCUCUUCACUUCUCGAAGAUCCGCGACGCUUAUCUUCCAACCAACUCGCAAGAGGUACGAGCUCGAUUCCUUGAAACUCCACUUGUUUUUUUGUUCUCACUCUAGGCUGCUGCUCCUCACUUUUUUAAGCUCUGCGACGCUUCUCCUCCAACCAACACUUUCUUUUCUCUUUUACUUGCCAUCGGCACCAGGUUAGUCGCCUCUUAAAACACCAUUAGUUGUAAUAAAACUUUUUAAUGUGAAAAUGACAUCAAGGGGUUGUAGCUCAAAUGAUAGAGUGCUCGCAUCCCUUUGCGAGAGGUACGGGGUUUAAUUUCUCGCAGCCCACUUAUUUUUUGGUUUUUGUAUGGCAAUUUAUGAUGUAAUGGAACUGAGUCUAGGCUUAUGCUUACCUAGUUGUUAGUGAGAAUGGCGGUUUGGUUUAGAGAUGAAGAUGGUCGGACCAGAGGUUAGUGUUUACAAGGCGUUAGUGCGGGGCCUUGCUGCGUCGUUGAAGGUCUUUGAUGCGCUUAGAACGAUUGAAGGUAUCAGAUGCUGUCGCUCCUCACUUCUCGAAGCUCCGCGACGCUUCUCUUCCAACCGCUUCGCGAGAGGUAUGGGGUUCGAUUCCUUGCAGCUCCUCUUGUUUUUUGUUCUCACUCCAUGUUGUCGCUCCUCACUUCUUGAAGCUCCGUGAAGCUUCUUUUCCAACCAACGCUCUCCUUUCUCUCCUACUUGCCAUUGGCGUCGUGUUAGUCGCCUCUAUUUACGCCAUUAAAUUUAAUAAAAAAAUUUAAUGUGAAAAUUGGCAUCAAGGGGCUGUAGCUCAAUUGGUAGAGUACUCAAAGCGCUUUUGAAAGGUACGGGGUUCGAUUCCUCGCAGCUCCAUUUCUUUUUUCGUUUCUGUUUGGCAAUUUAUAAUGUGAUGGAACUGAGCCUCGACUUAUGCGGUCGAGACCAGAGGUUAGUGUUUAUACGCUGCAGAGGCUGCUUCUCAAGUCAGCGACGAUUUUUUAUAACAUUGUGAGGAUUUGUAGUUGCACAACCACAACAUGGUGUUCAGGUAAUGCAAUACUCAAACUUAGUGGCGCCUAUCUCAGAUUUUGGAAUAUAAUGUUUCCCCCUUGUAGGGGUGGAGUUUCAGUUAUAACCGGUAACCGAACGGUCGGUUACCGGUUAACCGAACUGCCGGUCCUCCUUACCGACAACCGACCGAAAUAGAGAUUUAGACUUCGGUUAUCUCGGUUUUCGGUUAACCGAGUCACUUCCAAGACCAAAACCAUCUCGGCCAUUCUCCGAACACCGAUCGAUUUUCGGUCAUCUCGAUUAUCGGUUAGUGAAUAACCGGCUGGUUAUUGGUUUACCUAUCCGGUUAACCGGUAACCGAACUUCCACCUCUACCCCUUUUAGAUUAUAAGAAUACAUGCAGGCAUGUAACGUGGACAUACCUGAGGUGAAAUACAUGGUUUUCGUACCUGAUUAUGACAAAAAGAAGAUGAAUUGUAGGAGACAAUGUAUUCUAAGAAUCAUUGGGGCAAUUCCUGAAAUCAACCCUUGAUCUUAUUGCUUGGAUUUCAUAUUAUAUACAUCAUAUAUAAAUAUCAGUUUCUUGUUUUGAGUGAGUGACGCAGAGAGAAGAAAAGGCAGAUACAUUCUGCUCCAGCUGGGGCAUGAAAUGGAAGCUUUGUGUGCAGCUUAAGAAAGGCCGUCAGUCACUUUAGUUUCAUCCACUUCACAUCACAGGAUCUGUCCUCGCUUUUCUUUCUCCUUGUCACGAGUCUAUUGGCAUUAAAAAUGGGCCGAAAAACUGUUAGAAACUCUUUGUUCAAAAUCGACACCGUUAGGAGCUUAUCGAUUUUCGGUUGCUGAAAACCAAUAAGACCUUAACUGAUUCUAUUUCGUUCAGAAUACACAGAAAAACCAAAAAAACGAACAUUCGAUUGCGUUAAAUUGAUUGAUUUAUAACGAUUCUCGGUUUUAAAACCGAAACUGUUAAGGGUUUAUCGAUUUUAUACCCGCAAGGGAAACCAAUAACCCUAUACAACCGUUUCGGUUAAAACCGAAACCGAAUCAUCACUCAAUUAAAGUACAGAUUGGAAUUAGACUGGAGAGCCCCCAAAAGAAAAGAGUUAAAAGCGUACAGUUGGACAUUGGGUUUUUUUGAGUCGAGGGAGGACCUGUUCUUUGCUGUAAAGACAAAGAACUGAGGUACCUUCCAGUUCACGUAAUUUAGGUUUUUUUUUUUUUUGGGUGUGGGUGUCCUGAGCUGGCUAGUGAGUGAGUGAUUGGGUGAGACGCACAUUCGCUUGAAUCUUUUUGGGUGGCGCAUCUUCGUGGGUUCCAUGAUUAUAUGCUUAACUGCCUGCGGUUAAAUUACUUGGACUUCCUCGCUGUCUUGUUCCUCGGUCUCUUAUUAGAUUCAUACAGAACCAAUUUUCCAUCUCGCCGGCGAGAAAGCUAGCUGCCCUUUUAGUGCCUGUCAAUUUUAUAGAAUAAUCCAGAUAGACAGACAUAGAUCCGAUGAUAUUCAUUCAUGAUUGUGAGAAAGAGAAAAGUCUAGCACAUCGCCGUUGAUAGAAUCAGGACCUCCCAAAGUUUUCUGGUACACUAAUUAAUUAAUUAAUGAUAUCAACUUAUAAUUAGCUAGGUAAAUUCCUAUGGCGACUUCAAGUUUUUAUGAUUUGAACCUUUCCAUCUGUUUGCAGGUUACAUAACGGCUUAUGUAAUUCGUGUUAAAUUUUUUUUUGUAACAGUUGUAGGAUGCUCUUAUACACGAUUUACGUAACGAAUAAUAUUUUUACAUAAUGAAUAUUAGCAUAGAGUUAUACGGAAAUAAUCUUAUGUAACAUGUUAUGUAAGAGUUUAAUAGCAUCACAUAAUAUUUAUAAACAUAUUUGUAUUUUACAUGACCGUUUUAGAAUUGUGUAAUGAGUAUUAACAUGGAGUUAACUACACUGGAAAUACAUUACGAAAGUCUUACUUAACACGAUUUCUUAAAACUAUUUGUAUUUUAUGUCACCAUUAAAAUAAAAAAAAUAUUACAUUUUACGUAAUGCGGCCUGUUAAGCUUAUUAUAGCAGGGUAAGAAAUUCAAUUUAGGGUUAUAGGUAUAAUAUGCCCCUCUACUAUGACGUUUUUAUCAAACAUGCCUCUCUACUAUUUUUUACAUCAAACAUGCCCUUCUGCUAAAAUUUCCAUUGGAAAAAUCGUCAAUCAUGGCUGAACCGAGAUUUAGACGACCCGACAUCGACAAAUGGGAGAGAAAAUAUCAGUUUUGUCCCCUGUUUUAUUUCUCUGGGUCUUUUCAAAGUGAAAUGAUUUGAAUUAUUUGGCUAUACAAAAGAUUCAAAAAAAUUCUAAAGUGAAAUUAUUAGAGAUAUUUUAGACAUUUGUGUCGCCCAAACUAAAGUUCGGCAUUGGUUAACGAUUUUUGGAUGAAAAUUUGAACAAAAGUGCAUGUUUGAUAAUUUUUACAAAGUACAGAGGCAUGUUUGAUGUAAAAAUAGUAAAAGGGCUAUGUUUGAUAAAACAUCAUAGUAGAUGAACAUAUUAUACCUAUAACCCUUCAAUUUAUCAUAACUUCAAAGUACGUUAUUACAUCCCUAUAACUAGAGACUGGAUUGUUGUUCAUUAGCGUCACUAGUGGAGCUAGGCUGAAGGUAAGAGUGGUUGUAGCUAGCCCUACUCAAUUUUAAAUUAUAAAUAAAUCUACAUAUAAAUUUUGUAUAAAUUUAAGAAUUAGAAUAGGCAAUAAAGCUUUACCUCCUCCUCCAAUUAUGACAAUUCAAGUCCGUCCAUAAUCCAGAUUUACGGCGCAUUUUGUUCUCUUGUACAACUUCCUUUUGUCCAAUUGUUUGAAAGACUAAAUUAUUAUUAUUAGGUUAUUGAGUAUUAACCCUACAAAGAUAUGACAUGGUACAUCAAAUCCAAUCAAAUCCCGCUUUAUUUCGUCCUCCUUAUUUCCGUGCCUUCUUUGCCCGCCGUUUCUGGUUUGCCUCAAGAGUCUUCUUCUCGGUCGGUGGGGCGUGAUUGGAGAAUCAAGUUCUAGACAAAUCGGAAAAGAGGACCAGAAAUUUCCAGAUCUGCUCAUCAAUCUUUCUACCACCUCCACGUCACGUAGGAGAGAAAAUGGAGAAGGUUACUUGUCGACGAGAGAAAAAAAUGACAUAAACAGAACCACCACCGCCUUAUUACGUACCAACCGACACGGGCGAACCGAUAAGGUUUUUGGGAUGGUGGAAAGUGAGGACGUGGAGCAGGAAAAGAAACCCGCCCGCUCACCAUAUAUAUCCAUAACGAACAGUGUCGUAGACUUUUGGAAGUUGCGAUUGUUAGCAUUGUAUUUGUUAAAUACAUGCAUUGUUCACAAUACAACGUUUGGAAGUGUCAAGUUGCAAAAUAAUGCAUGUAUUGUUUUGUGUGGGUCCCACCAACAAUCAACAAAAAUGAGGGAUUGUACAAUCUCAACUAAAAGUUGAGAUUGUUGGUUUAAUAAUUGAGCACAUUUACUUUUUCCAAUUAUGUCCAUAGUUCUUUUUGUUUUAUAUUAAAAGUGGAGGACAAAUAUGACAUUUCCUUAUAAAGUAACUUUUUAACAAUCAAUUCAUAAAUUGUAAUCUCAACAACCAAUUAAUGUAAUUUCAAAAUGCAUCUACUGUAUCAAUGCAUGCAUUUCUAUCAUAGUGAUUCAUAACAAUACAACGAUUUAAUAAGAUACACAACUUCCAAAAACGACACCAUUGUUCGGUGGGAAUUUUUACUACUGUAUUAGUAUUAGUAGUCUCUCGCCUUGCUGGUUAAGUGUUUGACCAAAUUAAAUGCUAUAUUGCCCAUUAUCUUAAUGUGGUCGGGAAAGUCUGUCCAAUGAGAUCGCACAAGGUGGAUUUUACCUCUUUACUAAUUUGGUUUUGACUGUUGGUUGGUCUUUAAUUUGUUUGUCCACUUUUGACUUACAGGUGGGAAAAUGAUUUUGGACUAUUGAAACACACAUUGUUGGGUCGUUUGAUGAGUCAUUUUGCAUGUUGGUAUUUUGAGAUGAGAUGAUGUGUUAUUUUAUGAAUGUAGUAUUAAUGAGUUAUUUGGGAAUUAUUGUAUGGAAAUGGUCUUGUUUGGCUAGAGAUUGUUUGAAUGAGGUUUUUAGCUGACUUAUUUCGGGUAAAAAUAAUUUAUUGAUAAUUUGUUUGGCAAUAAUUUACUAGCAAUGAGUUAUUUGGAUUCGUUAUAGCCAAAUGUCAUAUGUGAAUGAUUUAACCAAACGUGAUAUUGUAACCCAAUUACCAUCAGAGUGAAAUUACUGCAUUGAUAUUUCAUUGACAAACGAGUUGAGUUGUUUGGAUCAAAGUAACCCACCGAAAUAACUCGUCCAAACCAGAUAUUUAUGCAUAAUUGGAUUGCAUAAUAGUUUAUGGCCUUGGGUAAAGUUGUGGAGUGGAUAUAUGGGUGAUUGUCCCUUCUCUUUUAUAAACUACAAUGACGUCGAGGAAGAAGAAUUAGAAACAUCUGCCCUAGAAAGAUUUGGUCGACUACCUUAACCCCAAAUGGUAAUAUAAACUAAUGAAUGAAUGAAAUGAUGUCUGCUUUUCAUUGGGUAUGGUUCACUGUCUUAGAAGUCCAAGUACAAUUAACAAAUUAUUGUUGUUGUUAUUAUGGACCAAUCGAUAAAGCCAGCACAAUAAUAAUUAGACAAACCAUAUGGGAACAUGUGAAAUCACGAGAAGGAAAAAAGAAAAAAAAAACUAAAAGGGGAAAGUGAAACGCGGCAGGUUAGGUUUAGGGGUGGCAAAACCGGUUUGAGUGGAGCCGAUUUUUAUAUGUAUCAUUCUGAUUUUAAGGUUUUAAAAUUGUAACCAUCUUUGUAAUUAAAAUUGUGUAGGAAUGUAAUAUGUUAUACCACAAUCAAUCAGUAUACGGUUUGGGGAAACCCCACUCAUACCAUUACCGAACAAUCAUGUAUAAAAUUUUUAUAUAAUCUAAAAUUGUUCUUUGAGAUGUAAAAUAAAGAUGGGAAAAAUGCAAACGAUGAAAACAUAAAAAAACAUAAAAAGGAAGAAAGGACAUGUUCAAAAGUAUAAAGGACCUAGAUUCCUUAUGUGAUAAUCGUUUGAAUCCAAUCCAUAAAUAGUUAGCCCCACGUUAAACAAGUCACAUAAGUAGGGUCACUAAACAGGACUAUUUAGUAAUUAGGUACAUGGCUCCACAUGUGGUACCGAAAUAAUUGAGAUUUGUACACAUAAUUAGCCAACCAUAAGAUUAGUGAGCAUUGCAUUGCUCCCAAGUUCAUGUUUGGGUGGCGGCAAACCAACAAUUUAGGGGGAGGAUUUGAUAAGGUUGGGCACGAUUAAUUAUCAGCGGCGGAUUCAGGAUAUAGUAUAGCUCUGGGUUGGAUUUGAAUGAAAUAUUGGAUACCGU